AUGACUCAUUCUUCUAGUCUGCCUGACACUUGCCCAACAAGGCCGUGCCCUCCAGGACAGCUUUGUGAGCAAGUGAUUGUAGACUGCAUUCCUGGUGUACCUUGUCCACAACCACCAGGAAGAUGUGUUCCUAAUCUACCUGACACUUGCCCGACAAGGCCAUGCCCUCCAGGGCAGCGUUGUGAGCAGGUGAUUGUAAACUGCAUUCGUGGUGCACCUUGUCCACAACCACCAGGAAGAUGUGUUCCUAAUCAACCCUCAAUAACCUGUGAUAAUGUGCGAUGUCGAGAUGGCACCACAUGUCAGCUGAUUAAUAAUAGACCACAAUGCGUACCAAAUAAUUCAGCCACAUCCAAGAUAGCUACUGGUGCCACGAAAGAACCCUACAAUCCUUGCGCUGCCACCAGUUGUCCUGUCGGUUCGGAAUGUAGAGUCAGACAAGUCCAGUGCAUCAGAGCACCUUGCAACCCAAUAGCUGAGUGCUACAAUCCAUCCAAGAGCAAUGGCUGUGGUACCAAUGAGUCAUACAGAGAUUGUGCUAGUCACUGUGAACCAACUUGCGCGAUAUGUAUCCAGUCCUGUGCACCAGGAAAAUGUCAAUGCAACCAAGGAUUCUAUCGUAAUGCUAGUGGCCAAUGUGUAACAGCGAAUGAUUGUGACGGUAGUGCAGGCACCAAUCCUUAUCGAAGAAUUCGUUAA